AUGACCAACACGAUGACAUCAACGGUCCUCAUCAGCUUCCUGGCCUGUCUGCUCCUGGCCAAUGUUGAAGGCCAGGUGGGUCAUUCUAAAGCUCGGUGCCAGUGUCUGAAUGGACUGGUGAACCACGUUAAACCUCUUCACAUUGAGAAGCUCGAGGUGUACACCUCCAGCCACUCCUGCAGGAACAUGGAGAUCAUUGUCACUCUGAAGAACGGAGAAGGGAAGAAGUGUCUGAAUCCAGAGGCUCCAUUUGCCAAGAAAACCAUUGAGAAAAUAAUGAAAAACCGAAGGAGUGUGCAGUAAAUCUGUGAACUAAUGACACCAAUCCCAUUGAGAACUUGAUGGAACAGAGAGCACCAUGAGAGAGAGAGUUAAUCCUGAUGAAUUACCACAGUUGAGUCAAUGCACUGAAGACUGCCUGAAUACGUUUACUCUGUUUAAUGGUACUUAGAAAGUCCGUUUUUAAAUUGACAAAAUUGGUAUGUCACCAUAUGACUUACUAGUUGAGAAACAUUCCUAACAUCUUCCAAUGGAAACUUAAAUAAAAGUGAAAGUUUUUUUAGGUCAGUUUAAUAUUUUUCUUGAAUGUUCAAUUGUUCAUUGUUCAUUUAUUGAAAAUAUAAAAAGCCUGUAAAUAUGUAGGUAUAUUUUUUUAUUUUGGAAGGUCAAGACUUGAAAUGUUUUACAUUAUGUUUAGUUAUCAAAAUGAUCAACAUCUGUGUAAAUACUGUAUAUAUGUGUUGUUUACUUUUUCUAUCAAAAUAAUAAAGACGCAUUUGACUCUA